AUGAGUAAGGAAAACAAAGCGAGCGGUGAGAGCCGGUCGCCGCAUCCGUAUAUUGGUGCAAGAAUUUAUGGAGGGGUGAUGGGCUCUUCAUGUGUUGAUGCUGCUUACUUUGCAGAACCCACAUUAAAGGUUUCCACUCAUUGUGCUAAUUGCUUCCUUCACGAAGAUAAUGGAAUUGAAGACACACCGUGUGAAAAAGUGAGUCAAUACUAUCCAGUUUCUGGUCCUGGUGGAAACCAAAGAAUUUCAAACAUGCAAAAACAUAUAGAUAAAUGUGGCAUCAAUAUUAACACAACAACAGAUGGUGUCAUUCUACCUGUUUGUGUGUCCAAAUUAGAACCAACUAUUGUGCUCUCUAAUUACACUCAUUCUGAUAUAUAUGCAAAGUUUCUUAACAAUUCAAAGUACACUGGUGUUGGACUUGGUUCUGAGGAUGAUUGGAUGGUUCUUGUUCUUACUACAAAUACUACUGCUGGAACUUUCUCUGCUGCAACUACUUCUAUGCAUGUUAAUGUUGUUGUUUUGAUGGCUUUUAUGCUUGUAAUCAUCAAUUACCUACAUUGAGUAGUGUUUUCUAGCUUUUGUUUUAAGCUUUCAUAAUGGAUAAUUAAGCUAUAGUUUAAUUACUUUGUU